AUGGCGAAACAACAGUUUGAUGCGCUUAUCAUUGGAGCUGGCUUGGGCGGCAUUCAUAACCUCUACCAUUUGCGCGCCACUGGCCUUUCCAAGCUCAAGCUUAUCGAUCUUGUCAGCGAUGUUGGCGGCACCUGGCAUUUCAACACCUACCCUGGCGCCAUGUCAGAUACAGAAAGCUAUUUGUAUCGCUUCCCAUGGGAUAAGGAAGACUUGAUGACGUACCCUUGGCCGAACCACUACGUUACCCAGCCGGAGAUCCUAGCGUACCUCCGUCACGUCGUCUUGAAGCAUGACCUCCGCAAAUAUAUGCAAUUCAACACCGAGAUGCGUUCCGCCAUCUUCAAUGAGACCCCGCUACCUUGCAGUAUCGUGCAUUCCCAUGAUUGGGAUGCCGAUGCCGAGUACAGAAACAAACGCGUUGCAGUCAUUGGAACUGGAUCAACGGGAACUCAGAUCGUAACCGCUGUUGCCCCGCACGCUGCAUCCCUCACCGUAUUCCAGCGCACACCUCAGUAUUCUGUGCCUGCGGGAAACAAGCCUGUAACUCCUGAGUACCGCGAACGUAUUAACCAGAAUUACGACGACAUCUGGGCGCAGACACGAGAGUCUAGCACCGCUUUCGGGUUCCAGGAGUCGACAGUACCUUGUAUGUCCGUGAGCCCCGAAGAUCGCGAGAAGGUCUUUGAGAAGCUCUGGCAGCAAGGAAACGGCUUCCGAUUCAUGUUCGGCGGUUUCGGUGACAUCACUACAAAUUUCGAGGCAAACGAGGAAGCGUGUCGCUUCGUACGGAAGAAGAUUGCGGAAAUUGUCAAGGAUCCCGUCAAGGCUCGGAAGCUGACGCCUACGAACCGGUACGCUCGACGGCCGCUUUGUGACUCUGGAUACUACGAACAAUUCAAUCGUGAGAAUGUGGACGUGGUCGAUCUGAGAGAAACGGAGAUUGUGGCUCUCACGCCAAAGGGUAUUCGUACAUCUGACGAUAUCGAACAUGAGGUGGAUUUGAUCGUCUUCGCGACCGGUUUUGAUGCUAUCGAUGGUAGCUACACCAGGCUUCUUAUACGUGGCCGUAGCGGUCGGACCAUGAAGGAUCAUUGGGUCGGUGGUGCUCACAGCUACAUGAGCGUUUGCUGUUCUCACUUCCCGAACAUGUUCAUGAUCAAUGGCCCAUAA